ACGUUGGGACACCACCGAAAGGAGAGAGCGUUCCUCACGAGCAGCAGAUGAAGUUUUUUGGAAAGGUGGUCCUGCCAUUGGUCGACCAGUACUUCAAGAAUCACCGCCUCUACUUCCUGUCCACGGCCAUCCGACCAAUCAGCAGCGGGGGCCACGCCUCCAAUAAGGAGAAGGAGAUGGUGACAAGCCUGUUCUGCAAACUGGGACUUCUUGUCAGACAUAGGAUAUCAUUGUUUGGAAGCCAUGCUACCUCCAUAGUCAACUGUCUUCACAUACUGGGUCAGACACUGGACGCCAGGACGGUGAUGAAGACGGGUCUGGAGACGGUGAAGACGGCGUUGAGGACGUUCUUCGACAACGCAGCGGAGGACUUGGAGAAGACUUUAGAGAACCUGAAACAGGGCCAGUUCACUCACAGUCACUCCCAGCCCAAAGGAGUCACCCAGAUCAUUAACUACACCAGCAUAGCCCUGCUCCCUGUCCUCUCCUCCCUGUUCGAACACAUCGGGCAGAACCUCUUUGGGGAAGACCUCAUAUUGGAUGACGUCCAGGUGGCCUGUUAUAGGAUCCUCAACAGCCUGUAUAGUCUUGGUACCAACAACAGCAUCUACGUAGAAAGGCAGCGUCCAGCCCUAGGUGAAUGUCUUGCAGCGUUCUCGGGGGCGUUCCCUGUGGCCUUCCUGGAACCAGAGCUCAACCAGUUCAACAACUACUCCAUCUACAUUACCAAGGGCUCCCGGGACAGAACAGCUCUAGAUCUGCCCUUCCAGGUCGGAGAGAUGUGUCCAGUCAUCCCGUCCCUGGAGAAGUCUCUGGAGGAGAUCAUGGAUCUGGCUGAGUCCGGCCUGCACUAUACGCAGAUGCCUCACGUUAUGGAGGUGGUGCUGCCCAUGCUAUGCAGCUACAUGUCUCACUGGUGGGAGCACGGCCCAGAGAACAACCCUCCAGAGACUGCAGCCAGCUGCUGUACUCACCUCACCUCAGACCACAUGAAUAGUCUACUGGGCAACAUCCUGAAGAUUAUCUAUAAUAACCUGGGGAUCGACGAGGGGGCCUGGAUGAAACGGCUCGCAGUGUUCUCUCAGCCAAUCAUUGGUAAGGCAAAAGGGGGACUGUUGACCCACUUUCUGCCGCUGAUGGAGAAGUUGAGAAGAAGGCUGCCACCGUACUGCAGGAUGAGGAACAGAUGA